AUGGCUGAAGGUACGGUGGGCGAGCAGGAGCAGCAGCUGCGCGCGCUGCUGGCCAGCAAGAGCCCCCGGAACGCGACGGUGCAGCAGCUGCGGGCGGUGAUCCGCGACUCGUAUGAGGCGCUGCUCUUUCUCGACUUCCGCUUCGCCGUCGAUCACGACGUGCUCUACCUGCUAUGGCGCCUGCACUACAGUCGCAUCGAGGAGUUUCGCGCGCAGAUCCGCCGCAUCCGUUCCGCGCCAGCCACGUCCAAGGCGGGUUCCGCGCAAGAUCGCCAGCCCGCGUCCGUCUCGAUCCUCUCCCGCGGGUCCCCCGCCACACGUCGUGCGCAAGCGCGUCCGCAAGGCGCGUCCGACGGGACGGGCGAGCGCGCGGAAGCGUCGACGGCGGCGAGCGCGGUGGCGGUGUACCGCGGGUUUCUGUCGGAGGCGGCGGGGUUCUUCCACGAGCUCGUCGGCAAGCUCAAGGCGCGCCGCGCCCUGCUGUGCGACCGCGGCGUCGCAGAUUCACAGUCUCAGCAGGGCAGGGCGGGCGACAGCGACAAGUGGCGCGCGGCGUGCCAGCAGUGCCUCGUGUACCUGGGCGACCUCGCGCGCUACCGGGAACUCGUUGUCGAUGGUGACAUGGCGACCCGUGAUUGGUCGGUGGCUGCUGGCUACUACAUGCAAGCGGCGCUCAUGCUGCCGUCCACUGGCAACCCGCACAACCAGCUGGCAGUGCUGGCGACGUAUGCAGGCAGCGAGGUGGCGGCGCUGUACCGCUACUACCGCUGCAUCGCCUGCAAGCAGCCCUUCGCCACUGGCCGCACCAACCUGCUCGUCCUCUUCGACCAGAACUCCAAUCGCUGCAAUCGCCUGGGUGCGGCGGGGCCUCAAGCAGCACAAGGGGCGGCGCAGGAGGCAACGGGGCAGGCACAAGGAGCGCAAGGAGCGCCCGCUGAGGCACUGGCGGUGACGUGGAAGAAUCUGUGCACGCGAUUCGUGCGUCUCAACGGCAUCCUCUUCACACACGCCAGCCUCGAGUCCUUCGGCUCCGUGUAUCUGGCCGCCAUGAACGACUUGGAGCGCCUGCUCGCUGCGCCGCCACACGCCCUGCAAGCCGUGCUGGCGGUGGGGUCCUCCGCGUGCCCCACUCUCCCCGCCGCGGGCGCGGAGGCCACAGUGGUGGUGCAGAUGGUGGCAUGCCUGGUGUGCACCGUGCACGCCAUGCUCGCCCCGCACCACCCCUUCCCCUUCGCCCCUCGCACCGCCAGCGACGCGGACGACACGCGCAGCCCGAGCGCGCCGUCCAGCGCGCAGCUGCAGCAGCAGGCGGACCGCCUGCGCCACGCCGUCACACUCGCCUUUGAGUUCGUCGGCCGCCUGCUCUCCCGCUGCGCCGCCUCCCCCGCGCCCCUGGCCUCGCCGCUCUUCCCCGCCGCCACCGUCUUCCUGCACUGGCUCGCCGCCCACCCCCACCUCGCCUCGAGCACCAACGAUGAGGCGUUGGGACCAGGGGGACACGCAAGCGAGAGCGCGGGCGCGGGGGGCGAGGACAGGGAGAGUGCGGCGCGCAUGUUCAUGUGGGGGCAGGCCGUGGUGGUGCUCAACCGCCUGCUGCAGGAGCACAGCCGCCUGCUGCCACCGCUGCUGGCGGAGCACCAGGGGGGCGUGCAGGGCCCGGCGGGCGGGCAGGGGGAGAGCAGCGGCGGGGCAGCGGGGCUGUGGGAGGACGUGGAGCUGCGGGGCUUUGAGCCGCUGCCGCAUGUGUGCAGUGAUGGGCUCGGUGACGCGCAGAGGGACGGACAGUUGGAUUUGGACGGUUGGCAGGGCGGCACGGGGGGUGCGGAGGGGCAGGAGGCAGUGUGGGCGCGGGGCAGGAGGGCUGUGUGCGCUGCCCUGACGCUGUCUGGGUGGGUGCGAGGCGGUGCAGGUGGGGCAGCAUGGGCGGCAGGGGACGGCAGCAGCAGCAGCGUGUUGCAUUUCAGCAGGCGGCAUGGGAGAUUCUUCAUUACAUCACUCGUGGCGGAUCAGCUGCCCUCACCGCGUGCUGCCACUGCACCACAUCGUGCGCACGUGGUGCAAGGCAACAGCGUGGGCAGUGCACACACGGCGGCACCAGGGUCACUAACCACUGCCUCCCCUGCUCCCUCCGCCGGCCCUGCUCGCCCUGCACCCGCGUCCAACCACCACCUGUCUGCUGCGCCCCUGCCUUGGGGUGCUGCAAGCAUGGGAAGCGCAGGGAAAGGGCUUGCGGGGGGGAUGGCAGGGGUGGAGGUGCAGGGCGAGGGGCAGGGCGAGGAGGAAGGGGAGGGGGAUGGCGAGGACGUGCCGCUGUGGGCGGUGGAGGACCUGAUAGGCGUGGACAGCUCGGCGGAGCAGAGUGAGCAGCACAUGCGCGGGCUCAGCGCACACACCCACGCCGCUCACUCCGAGCGCCGCAAUGGGGUGCUGCCUGGCGCUGCUGGUAACGGUGGGGUGGAGGAGCACGAGGAAGAGGAGGAGGAGGAGAUGAUUGUGUUCCAGCCCUGGGCCUCCGGUGCUGCUGCUGCUGCUGUUCCCAGGGCAACUGAUUCGGCCGAUAAACUAGCGCCAGGGGUGCAGGCAGCAGGGGGUGGGGGCAGGGCAGGUGCGGAGGGGGGUGCAUGGCAUGUGUCACAAGGACUGCUGGCAGCAGGAGGUGAGGGGUUGGGUGGCGAUUUCCUUGCAGGGCUCAGUGGCGCCGCGGCACCGCACUUGUCCUCCCUGCCACCUUCCUCCUCUCCCUCCCCGCGCUCCUCCUCUCCUGCCAUGCACACUGCACCCUCGCCCAACCUGCAACCCCUGCCUGCUUCCCCUGCCACCACUGCUGCCGCGGACGGCAGUCUGCGGCGCGUGCCAUCGGGAGCAGGAGUGAUCGGGCAGGACCGCCACCGCCUGGCGCAUACCCACGGCCCCGCCCAUGCGCCCACGCACGGGUACAUGGAGACAGCAGCAGGUCAGCCCGGCCACCCGGCUGCUGACCUGCCUGGGCUGUGGGGUGCUGCACCUCUCCAUGCUGCUGCCACCGCCCCACCCGCCCCUGCUCCUUCUGCUGCUGCCACUGCGCCUGCUGGUGGCUCUGCUGCCCUGACGGCGCUGCUGGGCGCGGGGUUGAGUGAGCGCGAGCUGAGUGCGCUGCUGGCCAAGGCGCACCAACUCGCACUGCACCCUCAUGCGCCUCCAUCGGCAGUGCGAGGCAGCGAGUACCAGAGUGGCUAUUCGCAUGUGAGUGGGGCGGGAGCGGUGUGGCCUGCGUCCCUCACCCACACCCCUCCACCCGCAGCUGCGGCGCCCAACUCCUUCUUCGCCGGCCCCUCUGCUGCACCCCUUGCAGCCGGGCAGCUGCCUUUCCCUCACCUGCAUGCGCAGCAGCAGCCGGGCUACGAGGGGCAGCAGUAUGGGGGUGGGGUGCAGAGGGGCAUGGGUGCCGUGGAUCAGGUCAUGGCCUCCUCCGCCUUCUCUGCGCCCUCAGCACCACCACCAGCCGGCAGCAGUGCUCACACAGGAGCUGCUCCCCCGCCCAUGCCAGCCAUGUACGCUGCUGCUGCCACUCCACAGCAGCAGGCAGCAGCAGCGCAGGCGUCUCUGCAGCCCCCGCAGGCAGCAGCAGCGCCCAACUCGACGGUUCCAGGCUUUCUGGGAUGUGUGUUUUCGGGCCCCAACCCAUCUCAUCAAGUCCGCUCUUUAUGUCCCAACCCUUGCCCAUGCCCUGCCUUCACAGCCACAUCAGAAGCACUGGUGCCUCGCCUGUGCGGCUGCUGCACUACCAGCAGCGCUGCUGCUGCCAUGCUGCAAUGGGCCGGCAGCAGGUGCAUGGAUGGCAGGUGGGCAGGCCAUGCCUCAUCAGUGCCGCCCUGCAUGCAUGCCUGCCUGCCCACACACUUGCGGGCACGGCAGCAUGGUGGGGUGGCGUGUGGUUGGACGUGGAGCAGCACUUGGGGAGUGGGUCAGAGGAGCAUGGGGAGUGGGUCAGAGGAGUAUGGGGAGUGGGUCAGAGGAGCAUGGGGAGUGGGUCAGAGGAGCAUGGGGAGUGGGUCAGAGGAGCAUGGGGAGUGGGUCAGAGGAGCAUGGGGAGUGGGUCAGAGGAGCAUGGGGAGUGGGUCAGAGGAGUAUGGGGAGUGGGUCAGAAGAGCAUGGGGAGUGGGUCAGGCUCGACCCCUGCUUACCCCAUUCAGCACCAUUCCACGCAAUUGA